GAGCAGGAGAGUCGGGGAAGAGCACCAUUGUCAAACAGAUGAAGAUCAUCCACCAGGACGGUUACUCACUGGAGGAAUGCCUGGAGUUCAUAGCCAUCAUCUACAGCAACACACUCCAGUCCAUGCUGGCCAUCGUGCGGGCCAUGACCACCCUCAACAUCCAGUAUGGAGACUCAGCUCGCCAGGAUGAUGCCCGCAAGCUGCUGCACCUCGCAGACACCAUCGAGGAGGGCACUAUGCCCAAGGAGAUGUCAGACAUCAUUGGGCGGCUCUGGAAAGACACAGGCAUCCAAGCUUGCUUCGACCGCGCCUCUGAGUACCAGCUCAAUGACUCGGCUGGAUACUACCUGUCAGACCUGGAGCGCCUGGUGACACCCGGCUACGUCCCCACAGAGCAGGACGUGCUGCGCUCGAUGUGCGAUGUGGGCGGCCAGCGCUCGGAGCGGAAGAAGUGGAUCCACUGCUUCGAGGGGGUAACCUGCAUCAUCUUCAUUGCGGCCCUCAGCGCCUAUGACAUGGUCCUGGUGGAGGAUGACGAAGUGAACCGCAUGCACGAG